UGUCCGCACAGUUCAACUAACCAAGCCCUCCAUCCUUCUGAGAUUAGUUAUCUGCUGUCGUCAUUGCUGUCAGCCUAUCCAGCAAAAUCGGCUAGCUGCUGGCUUUGUUCGUUUUCCGACCUACCUCAUCUGUCUUCAAUUGCCGUACCAACGGUGAACUGCUCUUCCGCAAGUGUAGUGAAACAGGCGAUGAGUCAGAUUGUAAAUACAAUUCAAAACUUCUGUAACUCCAACUCAUCUAACCCUCCAAUAACAUGGAUAGGAGUCAUAGGAGGGGAUAGGCUUGUUGGGCAGAUUUUGCGGGCUUAUGUGGAAUGUCUUCAUCACAAAUCCUCCAGCCAUUGGCUACAUUAUCUUCGAUUUGCAAUCAUACCUGCUCCUCACUCUUUGGUAGCAAAGCUACUUGAAGGGCAUGAUGCGGUACUAGACCAGCUAUGUCGAGAUAUGUGGGAACGUUGGACUGAGCUAAGCCCUGUUGAAAAGCUCGCGAACACCGAGAAGAUGAACGCAUGGUUGACGGCUGGUGGAGGAGCAUGUCUGAAUCUUCCUAUCGGAGAGGCACUUCUGCAAUUGGCGGAUGCGUGCCGUGUCUUUGUGCCUUUUCUUGCCGAAGUUCGAGUAGGGCAGAGUUCUGAAGAUGAGGAUUCCCCUUAUACUUUCUCAUCCCCACGAGGAAAAAUCAUCCUCAUAAAUUUAGCUCUCAGUGGAUCGCCUCCUAACAGCCCUCAGGUACGGACUGAUGCUCAUGAAAUAGAUCCAUCUAAUGUGAGUUUAGUCAACGUUAAUUCGAUGCCUUCCCAAAAUGUAACUCCAAACUCCAAAAAGGACCUCAGUAAGGGUUCGAUGAAGGCCACAUUCCGAACACUCGUGAUCACCCGAUCAUGUAAUCAGCACCUCUUGUCUUUGAAUUUCGUAAAGGAAAAGAGGAAAGAGAAAAUGUUGCAGAAGUUGGGCAUGAAAAAGGGUCAGGUGAGUCGAUCGGAAAACGAAAACCCGCCAGUUCAAGUGACUGCCGUGUCACGUCUUCUUUGCAGUGGUGCAAGCAAGCACACUGAUCUCACAGUCAGCGUUGAUGGCUCCACAUAUCAGCGCGUUCGGUACUUCCAGUGCAGCUCGCAGUGGCAGACCCACAUAAAAUCUUUUCCCGUGUCACUUAUAUCCCAAGGUGUAGGGCCUAUAGGCUUGUGA